AUGACGGACAAUGACCGGGUCCACGUUCUGUUCUCGUUCGCCAUGUAUGCUCGCAUGUACCGCAUGCCGCAGAGCUGGAGUGACACCGGCGCUCGGGAGGUGGCUCGAAAUGGCAUCGUUUUGGAAUACCGGAUGGUAUGCAAAUACAGCAACAUAGCUAGGGACACCUUGGACAUUGGCUCCUCGUACGUGGCCAACCUGACCACCAAGUUUCUGGCCAUUUUCGACACCACCCAGAACGUAAGAGCCAAGAUCUCCGUUCGCAAGGCAACCAGCUUUCCAAGCAGUUCCGGUGGCAUAAUGGCGUAUAGAGUGGAGAUGGACGACUACGCCAACAGCUGCGGUGAAGGAGUGUUUCCUCGACUCAAAGCCAUCAAAAGCGAGCUGCAAGCGUAACGGGGCACUUCUGCUCCCGAACCAAGGUGGCAG